CCGACCCGCGCUCCGAACGCACGUCAUGAUGCGCUGACGACCUGUCAAAACACGAUCUGUCAAAAAAACGAACUGUCAAAGUGUGCUCUGUGAUACUGUCAAGUGUUUCCCUCAAAAUGUGGCCGUUGUGGUGUCUUCUUGCCUCACUGUUGGCUGUGCAAGCCCAGAACACUGAGAAUGCCGGGGAGUUUACACCCGCAGUGCAGGCAACAUGCAAAAGCGGAAUUAUGUCCAUCAAGAUCACAUUCAAUCAGCCCUUCAACGGAAUCGCGCACGCCAGGGAAUACAGAACUCCGGCGUGCAUGGCCCAGGGCAAUGGUUCUGAAGCUCUCAGCUUCGACAUCAACCUCACCGCUGCGCAGGGCGCCCCAGACUAUUGCGGCGUUUUCUGGAAUAAUAAAACUGAUGAACGAUCGGUUCCCCUCGCGGUGCGCGUACAUCGAACCCUCGAACUGGCCGAUGACAAGUCUUACGUCAUCACAUGUGGGAAGGCGGGCUUCAGGAAUGCCAGAAACGAAACUUCAUUGGUGUCUCUUCGAAUGUUAAAUGAGAACGGGAAAAAAGUGAUGAACGCUGCUUUCGGCAAGCCAUACACGCUUAGAGCUGAAAUCAGUAAAUCUGAUGGAACGCAUGCUAUAAAAAUGAAAAACUGCUUUGCAUUUAAUAUGAGAAACAAUUCAGUCGAGCUUUUGGAUAACAAAGGAUGUCCAGUCAAGCAGCAAUCGGUUACAGUAAAAACGGAAAAUGGCGCAGCAGAACUCUUCAUAGCGUCUAUGUUCCGAUUCCCCGAUUCUUCGCAAGUCAACUUCCAGUGCGAAAUUGCGAUUUGCAAAGGCUCAUGUUCAGUACCGGACUGCACAGAAGACGGUCGCCCCGAAACUGGAACUGAAGAAGAAGGAACUGUCAACGCUUCUACUGGAAUAUUUGUACUCGAUCCCAAUGACAGUGCAGUGGCGACUCUAGCGUGUACAGACCACGGAGUGCGGCCGAUAUGGCUAUUGUACCUGGCGAUCGCACUGGGCGUCAUGUUCCUGGUGAUGCUGCUCGUCAACUGCUUCCUUUGCACAGCCAUGACUUGCUCCUGUGCUCGGACUGAUGUAAUCGAGAAGGACCCGUCUGUGGUGGAGGAUUACGACCCUUAUCGCAGCUGGCACGGCAGUCAGUACGGAAGCCGGUCCGUCUCCGACAACAGCGACCACUACGCCAUAGUGCAGUCGCGGCCCGGCAGCCGACACUCCGGAAUGCACAGAAACAGACAUUAGCAGUUGAUAUAGAGCAAAAGAAAUUAGUGCAAAACCAGGUAGGUGUAAAUAUAGAAGUUACGUGUACGUGUAAGACACAUCGUAUUUGCCAGUUAAUGAGAAACGUCAAGUACGUCCAAUAGAUGUUAAGCAAAAUUAAUCUAAGCUAACAAAUUGUAUUUUCUACACGACUAAUGAAAAUAUUUAUGAGAUAGUUACUGAAAAAGCUAAUGGAAAAAGGUUAGUUUUCUAAAAUAUACUAAGCAAACUCGUGAGCAGUGAGAACAAUUACGUUACGAAAUGUUCUUUAUAAUAACACUAAAGGAGCAUUCAAACAUUGUGAACAAUAAAAGAAAAAAGUGUUAAAUGGUUGUCAUGUAUUUAGAAAAAUUUUAUUCUAGUACGCACUUUUCAGUUUCGAAUUUAAGGUUUUUUAUGUAUUGGCAACAAUCAAAUUGAUCUUAUAAAAGUGCCUUAACUCAGCAAGUAGAGCAGUAAUAAAUAAAUAGAAUAACAAUAGUAAUAAGAAAGUAAUAAAACGUUACCUAUACUGUUACACUGAGUGUCUUCAUGAAUUUGACUUGUGCCAUUUUUUAUAUUUCAAGUACCUUAGGCCUAUGCCAUUAGCUCGUAUGAUGUUUUUAUUAUUAUAUAUUUUACAUAAAACUGAAAACAUGCAACGUAUCCGUCCAAAGCAUUGUUUUGUAAAUAAUAAAUAUGAUGUUUCUGUAAAUCUACAAGUUGAUAAAAAAAAAGAUAUUUCAUAUAAUUCAAGUACAUUGUGUAUUAAGGAUGGUAAAUCAGAAAUUAAUAACAAGGGUCUAUUAGAAGCCCGAAGCCAAAGUCUCUAAUACCUCGAG